CUGUGCGUAAAGGGCUGGGCUCAUUGGAACAUGAAAUAUUAGCAUCUUUUGCAAAGACAGUUCCUUUCUUCUCGAUUUUCUUUUUCAGUUCAGGAAUGGUACAUAGACACAAGUCAAGUGUGGGACAUACGGCACCAAGUGAUAUUUUCAACCUGGAAAUUGAGCCUAUAGAUUUUCCAGAUAAAAGAUUUGCAUCGCUCCGUCUUCAUCCAGACAUGCACCUUUUGCUGUAAAAUCAAGGCCGUUGUCAUUUUGCAGAAACAAGUUAUGGGAAUAUAUGCAGUUCAUACCUGCACUUCAUUUUAAGUUAUAAUAAGAAUUCGAACUGGCUUCAGUAAAUACCUCAGCUUCCAUACGCACGUGAAGGUUGAUUCUGCCGCGGCCGUUCACAAUUCCGAGUCCACUGUAGGUGCGGUCUCAGUUUGAAGUGUUCUCUCUUUCUUGAUGGCAAGACCCGAGAAUGUCUGCCUAGCAUGGCUGUGGCUUCUGCACAAACGACCCGCGGACCGUUAUGGCAUUUAGCCGUGUCUUUUCGGAUCCCCCGUCCAAGAGCAUCUUUAAGAAAUUCGCGGUCAUGCUGUGCUCGCUGCUCACGUCCUUGUACUUUCUGUACUGCCUCACGGACCGCUGCAGCACCAUGCCGACUCCGGUGAGAGCGUCCGACCAAGUGCUGGGCUUCCUCGCCUCGGACUUGCAGGACUGGCAGCCCCUGAGGAGGAAAAGGCUGCUCCAAAAAAUGAUCAGCAAGCCGGGGUACGACGCCGGGCUCAUCUCUCGGUUCCACGCGGAGAGGAACGGCGUCGAGGCGAGCGUCCUGUCCGGGCUGGAGGCGGACACCGGUAACCUGAGGUCUGACUUGCGGCUCGCAGGCUCCUUGGAGCUGGCGUCCUUAGCGAGGGUGUCAGGCUUCUCGACGAAGACGGGGAGUACAGGUAAACUCAGCCAGCUCGGAGAGGGGACCAAGAAGCUGCCCCAGGCGAUCAUCAUCGGGGUGAAGAAGGGGGGUACGCGCGCGCUGCUCGAGUUUCUCCGCGUGCAUCCCGACAUCAGGGCCGUGGGAGCCGAGCCGCACUUCUUCGACAGGAACUACGACAACGGACUGGACUGGUACAGGGACCUGAUGCCCAAAACCCUGGAGGGUCAGAUCACCAUGGAGAAGACCCCCAGCUACUUCGUGACCAAGGAGGCGCCGGCCCGGAUCUACGCCAUGUCGCGGGACACCAAGCUGAUCGUGGUGGUGCGGGACCCCGUCACCCGGGCCAUCUCCGACUACACCCAGACGCUGUCCAAAAAGCCCGACAUUCCCACCUUCGAGAGCCUGACCUUCAAAAACAGGACUACGGGUCUGAUCGACACCUCCUGGAGUGCCGUGCAGAUCGGCAUCUACGCCAAGCACCUGGACAACUGGCUGCAGUUCUUCCCCAUGCGGCAGAUCCUGUUCGUGAGCGGGGAGCGGCUGAUCAGCGACCCCGCCGGGGAGCUGGGCCGCGUGCAGGACUUCCUGGGGCUCAAGAGGAUCAUCACGGACAAGCACUUCUACUUCAACCAGACCAAGGGCUUCCCCUGCCUCAAGAAGGCAGAAGGCAGCAGCAAGCCCCACUGCCUGGGCAAAACCAAAGGCCGCACCCACCCCAACAUCGACCCGGAGGUGGUGCAGAGGCUGCGCGACUUCUACAGGCCCUUCAACAUGAAGUUCUACCAGAUGACAGGACGCAUAUUUGGCUGGGACGAAUGAACGGGCUUCUGUUGCAUUGGAUGGGGGGGACAGGGCGAUUGUGGUGGUGGGGGGGUUAUAGGACCUCAGUGUGGAAACCGGGGCUGUUUCACGAAUGCCCAAAGAGGGGAAUGACACGAGAGAUUAGAGGAAAUGCAGGCUCCAAGGACCUCCGCCACGACCCAUCUCAGCAAUACACUUCUGUGAAUGAUUAUCAAAGAAGCGGGUGCGCUUUGCGGCUCAUUCAGGACCGAAUCUCACAUGUGAGAGCGCCGGGGGAUAGAUACACGUCCCUCACCCACCCCCGCAGAAACGGUUUCUCCCAUUGCAACGAGAUUCAGUUUGGUAUCAGCCGAGCACACAGGCAGCGAUUUCGAAAGGAUUUGGGGAGAAAGAGGGAUUGUCAAAGGCAGAACUUGUAGGGAUGCUCUGCAU